AUGCUCCUCAUCAAGCCGUCGUGGCUGAGCCACAGCGGCGAGCAAAAGGACUUCGAGGUCUACAGUUGCCACGUCUCGCCCGAUGGCAAGCGCCUCGUGACCGCCGGCGGCGACGGCCACGUCCGCAUCUGGUCCACCGAAGCUAUUUACAACUCACGCGACCCGUCCUACAACAAGCCGCGGCAGCUCUGCAAAAUGAGCCACCAUCUCGGCACCAUCCACUCGGUGCGCUUCAGCCCCAACGGCAAGUACCUCGCCAGCGGCGCCGACGACAAGCUCAUCUGCGUCUACCACCUCGACAAGGGCCCGCCCCCGGCCACCUUUGGAACCGACGAGCCGCCGCCCGUCGAGAACUGGAAGACGUACAAGCGCCUCAUCGGACAUGAUAACGACGUCCAGGACCUGGCCUGGUCCUACGACUCAUCCAUCCUCGUCUCCGUUGGCCUUGACUCCAAGGUUGUCGUUUGGUCCGGCUACACGUUUGAAAAGCUCAAAUCGCUCCCUGCGCAUCAGUCGCAUGUCAAGGGCAUCACCUUUGAUCCCGCCAACAAGUUCUUUGCGACAGCCAGUGACGAUCGAACCAUCAAGAUCUUUCGCUUCACGUCCCCUGGCCCCAAUUCGACCCAACACGAUAUGAUUAACAACUUUGUCUUGGAAACUACAAUUAGCUCUCCUUUUAAGAGCUCGCCGCUGACAACCUACUUCCGACGCUGCUCCUGGUCCCCAGACGGAAACCAUAUCGCCGCUGCGAAUGCCGUGAAUGGACCCGUCAGCUCGGUCGCCAUCAUUGAGCGUACGCGAUGGGAUAGCGAAAUCAACUUGAUUGGCCACGAAGCACCCACCGAAGUGUGCUUGUUCUCUCCCCGACUCUUCCACACCUCGAAGCCAGGCGAGGGCGAUGCCAAUGGCGACCAGACGUCGCAGCUCGUUACGGUAAUCGCAUCCGCCGGACAGGACAAGACACUCAGCAUUUGGAACACGAAUACUUCUCGGCCGGUUGUCAUCUUGCAAGAUCUCGCUGCGAAAUCUGUUUCAGACUUGGCGUGGACGCCCGACGGCGAGACCCUAUAUGCAGCGAGCCUGGACGGUAGUAUUGUCGUUGUCCGGUUCGAGGACGGCGAGCUCGGCUGGGUCGCGCGAGAGGAAGAAAAUGACCGGGCACUCCAGAAAUAUGGCGUCUCUCGAAAAGGCAUGGGCAUUGCCGAGGAUGUUGACGCCCUCAGGUUAGAAGACCAGAGUAAAGCUGGCGAGUCUAGGGCUUUGCAAUCGCGCAUGGGUGCAUUGAUGGGGGACAUGCCGGCUGGCGAGAGCAAGGCAUCUGCGGCCACGAAUGGCACACAGACUGGCGAUUCUACACCCAAACCUGCAGGCAAUGGCGACUCCGCAGAGAAGCCCGAGGAGGACAAAACUGCGGAACGGGUGAAAGAGCUGAAAUCUAGGGUGACUAUCGGAAAGGACGGCAAGAAACGAGUUGCUCCGCUGUUGGUAUCAUCGUCGGGUACCGGCCAAUCUUCCUUGCCUCAAACGCAGCUGAUUGGCUCGACAUCGGCAGCGAAAACAUCACAGAAUGAUGCGCCACUCACAGUUCUGGAUCUUAGCAAACCUUUUGACGGCCUGCCUAAAGGCGGGAUCUUGACCAUGUUGCUAGGCAACAAGCGCAAAAAUGCGGUGCCCGACGCCGACGAAGGAGAGGAGCCGCUCGCCAAGCGUCCAUCUGGCGGCCCGACAGCCAUUAUGACUAAUGGUGCAGACGGCGUCGAGCCGGCUGUACUCACAAACAUUGAGAACGGUGUGCUUCCUACGCCAGAAUACUUGCGACCUGCCGUUCUUAACCCAUCAUUCUCCGUCGCGGCGGUAAGGCUUGCCGUGCCUCGAGUACGAUCGCAUAUUGUACGACCCCUGCAUAGAGGAAUUCUUGGUCCUGAGGACUCGGCUUCGAAGACGACUGAAAGCCUUCUGCUCGAAGCCAAGAAUGAGGUGAAUCCCCGUGAUCCGUCCAAGGUUAGCGUUUCGAAACGCGGUGCUGAGCUCUGGCAUGAAUUCCUGCCGCGCGCUGUCAUUUUAGUUACUGCAAAUAAGAACUUCUGGGUUGCUGCCUGCGAAGACGGCUCCAUUCACGUUUGGUCGCCCGCGGGACGUCGACUUCUGAAUCCCAUCAUCCUCGAAGCACAACCCGUCAUCCUUGAGUGCCGGGAUCACUGGCUACUGUGCAUUACAGCCGUGGGACUGGCCCACGUUUGGAAUAUCAAGACACAGUCCUCACCACAUCCUCCCGUGUCGCUUGGUCCAAUCAUUGAUAUUGCAACCACGUCGUUCGACCAACACACUGCCACGCCUGGUCCGGGGAUUACAUCGGCCCACCUUAACUCGACCGGCCAUGUUGUUGUGACUAUGUCAAAUGGUGAUGGCCAUUAUUACGCGCGCGAAAUGUACACCUGGCAGCGCCUCAGCGAGUCAUGGUGGGCCGUUGGAUCCCAGUACUGGAACUCUACUGAUUCAUCUAUUUCCGCCUUGCAGUCCACCGCAGUCGGGCCAAGGACGAGGACGAGGUCUACUAGGAGAAGGAGUAGGAGAAAGCAAGAAGAGGAGGAGCCAGAGGAGCCAGCAGUGGAUGUUUCGUCCGGCAUCAUCCCAUUCCUGGAACGUCAUACGACCAACGAAUUCCUCCUCAAGGGCCGAGGAUACGCGCUGCAACGCAUCAUCAAGAGCGUCAUUCAGCGUAAGGACUCAGAAGAUCUGGAGAGCGUGGUCAGCAUUGCGCAUCUCGAGAAUCGCAUUGCCGGAGCGAUGCAACUGGAAGCUCGUGACGAAUUCCGGCUAUAUCUGUUCAUGUAUGCAAAGCGUCUGGGGGCCGAAGGCGCACAUGGAAAAGUCGAAGAACUACUGAACACGAUCGCUGGCGGUAUUCUCCAAGGCGGGGAUGCAGAUCCGGAUGGUGGGAAGGGCUGGUUUAGCAAAUCGGACGAAUUGUGCGGUUGGGAUCGAAAGGAGCUGUUGAAGGGUGUGGUGCUAAUUCUUGGAAAAUACCGCGAACUGCAACGACUUACCGGCCAGUAUGCAAGGCUGUUGGAUCUUGACCUGAGCAACAGUGCCGGAGCGGACGUUGACUCCAUGGAAGUUGAAAGCUAG